AAUGUCCUCCACAGGUUCCGCCCGCCCCACACUCCUUAUCCCUCUCACUCUCUCUCCCGCUCACCUCCUCCUUCAUCUUUCCGAUCCGAAUUCGAACUCAACUACGAACGAACAACGCAGCGGUCGAUUCCAAUGGCGACCGAGAUGGCCUGCCUCUCGUCGCUCGUCUCCCCGCGACGCCCUGCCCUGCUCCGGCCCCCCUUCCGCUGCCGAUCCUCGCACCUACUCUCCCCUUGCGCUCUUCAUCUCCCCUCGCAGCACUUUCGAUCUCACCGAAACCUCGGCCGCAGAGCCCACCCCUGCACCUUGAGGGCCACCACCGACCAGCCAGGUCAGUUUCAGAAUGAUGAAGUUGUUGAUAGCAAAAUCCUACAAUAUUGCAGCAUAGAUAAGAAGGAUAAAAAGACAAUAGGAGAGCUUGAGCAAGAAUUUCUUCAAGCUUUGCAAUCAUUCUAUUUUGACAAAAAGCCAAUAAUGUCAAAUGAAGAAUUUGAUAAUCUCAAGGAAGAAUUAAUGUGGGAAGGAAGCAGCGUGGUCAUGCUAAGUCCAGAUGAGCAGAAGCUUUUGGAAGCUUCAAUGGCUUAUGCGGCUGGAAAACCCAUAAUGACAGAUGCUGAAUUCAAUGAACUGAAGCUGCGACUAAAGAAAGAAGGGAGCAGCACUGUAGAAGAAGGCCCACGAUGUAGUCUCCGAAGUAGGAAGGUUUAUAGUGACUUAUCUGUUGACUACUUCAAGAUGUUCCUAUUGAAUGUGCCUGCAGCUGUUAUUGCUCUUACACUGUUUUUCUUUCUAGAUGAUUUGACAGGCUUUGAGAUAACUUAUCUUUUGGAGUUACCAGAGCCCUUCAGCUUCAUCUUUACAUGGUUUGCUGCUUUACCAUUUAUUUUUUGGAUAGCACAAACAAUUACAAAUGCCAUAGUGAAAGAUUUUCUCAUCUUGAAGGGACCCUGCCCGAACUGUGGUACGGAAAAUGUUUCCUUUUUUGGGACUAUAUUGUCAGUGCCAAGUGGUGGCUCUACAAACACACUCAAAUGUUCAAACUGUGCCACUGCCUUGGUUUAUGACUCAAGUUCACGGUUGAUUACACUACCAGAGCCAAGCGAAGCAUAAAGCUUCAGGAAUUACAUUCCCAUAAAGAAGUGGAUAACAAGGGUGCUGUUUGAACUCCAAUUUCUCAUACGUAUGGUCUUGGAGAGGGCUUCAAGUCAAUUGCUAAUCAACGGAAUUGUAGUUUUAUAUGUACAUACUAUAAACCUGCUAUAAUUUGAGUUCUGAACUAAAGCUUGCUUCAGUAAUGUAAGUUCCCUGUAUCAUAAUAAAAUGUUCAAUUUCCUGGUAA